CUCACACCUCAAACUACUGAGAGUACUGACUUAUUUUUUACUCAGAUUAUCAAAUGACUCUCAAUUAAACAUAAAAUUCUAAGCAUUAUCUUCAAAUGAUCACCAAAAUUCAAAGUAAAAUUGUCAUGUCAAACCCAGUUUUUCGAUUGAGCAGAUCAACCUUGACAAUCCCCACCAUUCUCAACUUAGCAACCUUUUCACCUGCUCGAACUCGUCAACUCCAUGCCCACAUUAUCAAAUCUGGUCUUCUCAUCGACAAUUCUCUCUCCUCAAAGCUACUAUCUCUGUACUCAAAUCACCGAUGUUUCGCCGAAGCUUCCAUUUUUCUUGACUCAAUUGACGAACCCAGUUCUUCAUCUUUCUCUGUUAUCAUCAAUGCUUUGUCAAAAUUCAAUCUUUUUUAUAAUGUUGUUGAUUUGUUUAGGAAAAUGUUGUCUAAAGGUGUGUGUCUUGAUAGUUAUCUUCUGCCUGCUGUGGCAAAGACGUGUGCUGGGCUUUCGGCUUUCGAGCUUGGCAGGCAGGUUCAUGGACUUGCACAAGUAUCUGGGUGUACAUUGGAUGUUGUUGUGCAGUCUUCUUUAGUUCAUAUGUAUGUGAAAUGUGGUCGGUUGAUUAUUGCACGGAAGGUGCUCGACGAAAUUCCUGAACCAGAUGUUGUCACUUUUAGUGCUAUGAUUGCUGGUUAUGCUCGAAAUGGCGAUGUGGGUAUGGCGAAAAGACUUUUUGGUGAUAUGGGAAAGUUGGGGUUGGAGCCUAAUUUGGUGUCUUGGAAUGGUUUGAUAGCAGGGUUUAAUCAAAGUGGAAGGCAUUUGGAAGCUAUUCAUGUGUUUCUUGAUAUGCAUUUAAGAGGUUGUCAGCCGGAUGGAAGUAGUUUUUCUAGUGUUUUAGCUGCAAUAGCGGACUUGGAGGUUUUGAAUGUGGGGAUUCAAGUUCAUGGUUAUGUGAUCAAGAGGGGUUUUGCUUGUGAUAAAUGGGUUGUUAGUUCCCUUGUUGAUAUGUAUGGUAAGUAUGCUUGUGUUUCAGAGAUGAAACAAGUGUUUGAUGAGAUGGGCUGUAUGGAGAUAGGCUCGUGCAAUGCCUUAGUUUCUGCACUUGCUCGGAACGGUCUUGUCAAUGAUGCACUUGCAAUGUUUAGCCGAAUGAGAGAACACAAGAUGGACUUAAAUGUUGUUUCUUGGACGUCAAUGAUUGGUUGUUGUUCCCAAAAUGGUAAAGAUGUUGAGGCUUUGGAGCUUUUCACAGAGAUGCAGCUUGCUGGUGUGAAGCCCAACGCCGUCACCAUCCCUUGCUUGUUACCUGCCUGUGGCAAUAUAGCAGCAUUAAUGCAUGGGAAAGCAGCACAUUGCUUCUCUAUCCGGAGGCAAAUAACAAAUGAUGUUUUUGUUGGCAGUGCCCUCAUAGACAUGUAUGCAAAGUGUGGCAAAAUUAGGGAUUCUCAGCUAUGUUUUGAUGCAAUGCCCACCAGAAACACUGUAAGCUGGAAUGCAGUAAUUGGUGGAUAUGCUAUGCAUGGAAAAUACAAGGAAGCCUUGGAGAUGUUCGAUUUGAUGCUCAAGAGUGGACAAAAACUUAACUUUAUAACAUUUACUUAUUUGCUAUCUGCUUGUAACCAGAAAGGCCUUGUCGAUGAGGGCUGGCAUUAUUUUAUUAGCAUGCAAAAAGAGCAUGGUGUUGAAGCUAAAAUGGAGCAUUAUGCUUGCAUGGUGAGCCUCCUAAGUCGUGUGGGAAAGCUUGAAGAAGCUUAUUCAUUGAUUAAAGAAAUGCCUUUUAAGCCAGAUGCUUGUGUUUGGGGAGCUCUGCUGAGUUCUUGUAGAACCUACAAAAACUUGCAGCUAGGUGAAAUAGCCGCCGAGAGGCUUUUUAAAUUGGAACCUAGGAAUCCUGGUAACUAUGUCCUUCUGUCAAACAUUUAUGCUUCAAAAGGCAUGUGGGGUGAUGUUGACAGGGUAAGGGAUUUGAUGAAGGAUAUGGGUUUAAAGAAAAACCCUGGAUGCAGUUGGAUUGAGAUAAAGAACAAAGUCCACAUGCUUCUAGCAGGGGAUAGAACACAUUCCCAGAUGUCCCAAAUCAUUCAUAAGAUGGAAGCACUAGGCAAAGAGAUGAAGAAGGCAGGUUUGGAUCCUAAAAUUGAUUAUGUGCUACAAGAUGUAGAAGAGCAGGACAAAGAGCAGAUGUUGUGUGGACAUAGUGAGAAGUUGGCUGUAGCUUUUGGACUCCUAAAUACGCCUGCAGGAUUUCCUCUUCGUGUAAUCAAGAACCUUAGAAUCUGUGGUGAUUGCCAUGCGGUUAUAAAAUUUAUUUCCAGCAUUGAAAGGCGAGAAUUUUUUGUUAGAGACACUAAUCGAUUUCAUCAUUUUAAAGACGGAGAAUGUUCUUGUGGGGAUCAUUGGUGAUUGACACAGUCGUAAUUGGGACAAUAUAACACUUACAUGAGGAUAUUAAGAGGCACCUAUCCUCACUUUAGCAUCACAACUGUGUUCUACUCACCUCACAACAUAUAUUGUCAAAAGGUGACUGCUUGAUAAAAAAAAAAAAAAAAAAGACACCACAGUAUGCCUUUGUAGUUUGUACAUAUGCACAGGCAUUUGGUUGUAUAAGAGUACAAGUAUGACGGGCAAGAUAUAUCUUUUCAUACUUCUAUACAGUUCUGGUUUUAUUGCAGAUGCUUAUUAGAAUUUUGUUAGCUUUGCUAUGAAUUUGAAAAUUUUAGGAGUUGUCAGUUUGAGUUAGGGGUUGGUCUAAUUUCUAAUUUGUUAAAUAUUUCAAGUACCAAGUUUUGAUACUGUUGCCACCAGAUUGAUGGCAUAAGGAAAUCAGAUAUAGAUUAUCAAAAUUGUAGACAGUUUGUUCAUUAUUGUAUAAUGAUUCAGCUGUAAUUUUCCAUAGUAUAAGUUAUUAAUUGGAUCAUCUUUUCUUCUAUUUGUUUGAUGCAGAAGUACCACCUGUCUCUUUAUUGAAUAAUCAGCAGGGUUUAGAACCUGGAAUUGCUGUGUUCAGUCCUUUACAUCUGGGAGUUACUCCUUUGGUAUUGUUGUAUCUCUCUUCUUUCUUCUUCUCUCUCUGAAUUUACAUUGUUAUCACUAUUUCUCUCUGGUUUGAUGUUUACGUCUUAUUGUUUUUUAUGCUUUUGUGUUUGGAUUGGUGUCCAGUUUCAAACCCCUUUUUCUUGUUUGCACUGUUUAUGCUCCUAAUAUAUGAUUUUUUAAGGGAAUUUGUCUUUGUUAACGAUGCUUUUAGUCAGGAUACUGCUGUGUCUUCUAUUAAGAAGAUUAUUCUAGGUGGGUGUUUAUCGACCACUUGACUAAUCUAUUGGUAUCAUAUAUAUUGAGCUUAAGAGUGGUACAUAUCUAUUGUCAUGUUCUGUAGGGUGAUUAUUGACCACCUUUGAGCGAAUGUUUUUUGGGCUAAACUCUUUAUGGCUUACAGGGGGCUUCAUGGAGAAAAAAAAAUAUACAUGGAGAUAAAAAAAAUAUAUAUAUAUAUAAUCCUCUUAUCUUUUUAAUUAUUACUCUUUGUUCUUCAUCACAUAACCUUAGCUAGCAUAUUCUUAACAAAACAUCUGUCAGAAUGAAAUUCGAUGCAGAUGUUGUCUUUGGUAAACAAAGACACACUCAACAAAUAUUUUGUUAUAUUUUACACUUGCAGGACACUAUUCAAUGUACAAGAAUUCAUAACAAUAAAGUAAGAGUUACCAAUAUGAAAAAUUGGAAGGGCCAAUCUAUUAUUCACUACUGGUACAUUAUCAUCUCCAUUAUACUUGGAAUGUGUGGAUAAAUUUGUAACAUUAGCAGUGAGAUGACUUGAUGCACCUGAAUCCACAUUUGAACUUGGAUCUGAAACUGUGCUUGGGGUUGGCUGAGUUUUUAGAGGCCUUUUCAGAAGUGUAGGCAAUCUAGGCAUGAUUAAAGCCGUUGUAACACUCAAGCAGAGUGUUCCGGUUUACUGUGAUUCUGACAGGUGAUGUUUGGUUUGUUGAAGGUUAAUUUUGUUGUAUACUUGUAUUACCACCGUUUGACCACUGUAUUUUGUUUGCCUAUGUUUGAGUUACUGCGGCCAUCAGAUAAUUGAUCUUCCCAAAACUGUACUUUAUGGCUGGUAACCUUUGCCACAAUCAGGUUUCUGGAUAGUUCAAUUCUCUCUUCUUCUUGCAAAAGCAUUUUAAGAAGUUCAACUGCGACUGAUUUAAGCGCAGUAUUUAUAGAUGUUCUAAAGGAGCAUAGUCUGUAUGACUGUAUCAAUGCAUCCAGACCAUGUAAAUUAUGAAAGGCGAGAAAAUUUUUGUCAGAGACACUAAUUGAUCUCAUCAUUUCAAAGACAGGGAGUAUUCAUGUAUCAAGUUUUGCUACUGUUAGUUUGUUACCUCAAGAAUAAUGGUGCAACUGCACAAGGAAUCACGUUUAGAUAAUUAAAAUUGCAGAAAACUUGUUUGUUAUUGAUAAUGAUCUAGUUUCAACUUUUCAUAUUGUAGGUUAUUUAAAGAAUCACUGUUUUUUCUUUUUGUUUGUUGCAGAAGUAUCGGCUUUUUCAUAUUAUUCAGUCUUUGAAUCUGAGAGCUCCUCCUAUGGUAUAACUGUUUCUCUCUUCUUUCUAUUUUUAUCAAUAUAUCUUUUUGGUUCGGUGUUCAUAUUUUUGUCCUCCGUUGUUGCUGCAUGGUAAAUCAUACUUUUAGUCUGGUUCUCUGCAUUGUCUUGAUGUCUUCUAUAUACGUUGAUUAUUUUGGAAGGUGAUUUAUUGAUCACUUUUAAGUGAGUGUUUAUGAGCUGAACUCCUUAUGGCUUACUGCGACUUAUUAGAUAUAUAUAUAUAUUAGAACUUCACUUAUCCUCAGCUUUAUUUUUCUGUUCUUUAUCACAUAACCUUGCCCUACAUACUCUUUAACAAAACAUAUAUCAGAAUGAAAUUCCAUAUAGGCAUUAUUGUCUUUGGUGAAUUGGGACACAUCAACAAAUUUGUUGUAAUACUUGGCACAUGUUGGACAUUUUUUUACGUAAAGGAUUCCCAUGUCAAUUAAAAGAGGAAAUACCAAUAUUAGAAAUGGAAAGAGCCAUACCAUUGCUCAUUGUUAAUAAUUUCAACUAUACUCAGAAUGAAUGGAUAAAUUGGUAAUAUCAGCAUUGAGAAGAUUUGAUGCACCUGAAUCCACGUACCAACUUGGAUCUGCAACAGGGAUUGGAUUAGCUACCGUGUCUGGGAUUUUGGAGGCCGUUUAGAUGUGAAGGCAUGAUUAAGGCGGGUGUAACACUCGAGCAGAGUGUUCCGAUUAACUGUGAUUCAAACAGGCGAUGCCGUUGGUUUGUGAAGGUUGGUUUUGUUGUAUUAACGCCAUUUUGAACAGUAUUUUUUAUGCCUUUGUUUGAAUUUCCGUGACCAUUGGAAGAUUGAUUUGAUGAUUUCCCUGAAAUUGCACAUUAUGGCUGGCAACAUUUGCCACAAUCUGAAUAUCUGGAUAGUUUAUAGUUCUAUCUUCGUGCAAAAGCAUACCAAGAAGUUUAUCAACUGUGAUUGGUUCCAAGUAUUGAUAUAUGUGCUGAUUGCUGAAAGGAGCAUAGUCUGCAUCCAGACCAUGUAAAAUAUAGUUAACAAAAUCAUCUUCUGGAUUUUGAAUGACAGUGAGAGUAUCUGCCAAUGCUUUCUUCUUCCCAACAUAUUAUAGCAUUGACAGAGCCUUCUGGAGUGGUUUGCAAAGUCCACCGCAUGACAUACCCUUCAAGGUCAGAUGCUCGACAUGCUUCAAGACCGGGCAGUACAAUAGUGCGCCAUUAUAGAUUAUCUUUCCUUCCCAAAUCAAUUGAAAGGUUAAGAAAAGAAGCUAAAGAGACCGCUGUUAUUGAUGGUGAAAUUGCCAUGAAGCCCAUGAUUGUUUUUAGGACGUGAGUUGCAACGGCUCUGGUAUCAUUAAACAAUGAGUGAGGGUGUAAAGUUUAGCACACCCCACACCAGAAAUGUAGCUUCUAGUUAUAUGUUGUAAAACACAUUAGUUACAAUGAUGAAACUCUACAGCUAGGAUUAGAAGAGAUUGAAGCCUAUCCUAAAUAGUUACAACAAAUUGUACUACAUUACCAGACACCGUGGCCAGCGCAGGUGCUAGGUUGUAGUCAGAUAAAUGGUCUUUUAAACAGUUGCAAUGGCCGGUAAAGGUCUUUGUUUGA